AGGAUUUUCGUAACUAACGAAACCCUAAUUAUAAACCAAAUCCUUACAGCCUUUGCCAAUUCUCUUGGACGAGAUCGGCGACUUCCACCACCACAGUUCCCAUGGCGGCCUUGAUCCGCUACUCGAAAUCCUCUGCGGUUUCGUCUCUUUCAUCCACUUCCCUCCUCAGGAGAUGCUUCUCUUCAACUGUUUCAUCUGAACUCGCAUCUCCUUCUACCGCUUCCCCUUCGCCUUUCACUCUUAACCACAAUCUUCCCCGGAAAGAUCCCAAGGAUCGCAACGUUCAAUGGGUCUUUCUUGGAUGUCCCGGUGUCGGCAAGGGAACCUAUGCUAGUCGUCUCUGUAACCUUCUCGGCAUCCCUCACAUCGCCACCGGCGAUCUCGUCCGCGAAGAGCUCGCAUCCUCUACUCCACUUUCUCGCCAGCUUUCGGACAUUGUUAAUCAGGGAAAAUUAGUAUCGGAUGAGAUCAUAAUCAACUUGUUGUCCAAGAGACUUCAAGCUGGUGAGGCGAAAGGUGAAUCUGGAUUUAUCCUCGAUGGUUUCCCUCGGACAAUUAGGCAAGCGGAAAUUCUGGAAGAGGUGAUUGAUAUAGACAUGGUGGUUAACCUAAAGCUUAGAGAAGACGUGUUACUAGAGAAAUGCCUUGGGAGAAGAAUCUGUGGUCAGUGUGGAAAAAACUUCAAUAUUGCCUCCAUUAAUGUGAAGGGAGAAAAUGGAAAUCCUGGAAUGAGCAUGCCUCCACUGCUUCCCCCCACACAUUGCAUGACUAAACUAAUUACUCGGGCAGACGAUACAGAAGCAGUUGUAAAAGAACGUCUUCGAGUUUAUUAUGAAAAGAGUCAACCUGUUGAGGAGUUCUACCGCAGUAGAGGGAAAUUGAUGGAAUUCAACCUACCAGGUGGCAUCUCAGAGUCCUGGCCAAAGCUACUGCAAGUUCUUAACCUUGACGAUUUUGAGGAGAAACUAUCUGCAGCAGCGUAAAUUAUAGCGCUGCAAAUGAUUGGUUAGUUGAUUAUUUUCAAACAUACACGACAGGCAUAAACAAUUUUGCAGAACAAUAAAAAAACUAUAAAUUAAACAAACUCAGAGGUUUAAAAUUCUUUUUCAUUCUAAAUUGUAAUGUUGUUCAAUCUGUUCCCCAAUUGAGAGGGGAAAUACUUCAUUUUUUUUUGGUUGAGUAGAUUCGCUGCAAACAGGGAUUUGCAACAACAUUGAGUAUCAAGCUCUAGGAGGAAUAAUGUUAUUGAAUUCUUGUAACUUACUAUUCAUUAUUUAAAUUCUGUUCCAUUUGAAGGUUUUUACGAAGUUCUGACUCUUAGUAGGAAAGAAACAAGCAGACUUUCAGUAACAAAUUUCUGACAUUUGACCGA